CUCUUCAUUUAAAUUUUCUUCUCAUAUCGUUUUAAAGUGUAGAUUCGCGAAGUGGUUUCUACACGAAAAAGAAAAAAAUUAAAUAUAAAAAUUAAUAGAAUUUAAUUAAUCGACAAAAAAAAAGAAAAACACAAUAAGAACAAUUUAAAUUUUUCUCAAAACGAAAAAAUGUCUAUAAACUAAAAAAAACUCCCAAAAGCAAUACAUUUUAAUUUUUUUCUUCCACGAAUCUCUUUCGCGAUAGAAAAAAAGAAAAAAAAAAUUCCACUAAAAAAUGCCACAAACCGAUCAAAAUAAUACAUCGGAUCAGGUUGCACCCACAGCAACAGCCGAUGGCAAUGUCCAACCAGCCGAAGGAGAAGCAGCAGCGGAAAACCCUCGUCUGCCCUCCAAAUUGGAAUCAUUUUUCGCUGUAACCAAAUCAUUGAUAUUGCGUGCCCUCAUUAUUUACUUUAUUACGUCAUUCUUUCGACGACCCGCACCAACCAACGAAACAGGCACCGACAAAUCAUCUUCAACUGCCGCUGUCGGACCCAAAAUCAACGCCUGGAAUUUAUUUGAAAAUGGUACACUCUUUGAUUUACACGUUUAUCUUUCAGAGAGUUUCGAUGAUGUAAAUUUCGGAAAUCCCGCCAAUCUCGUUUGGCUCCAAGAAGGCCUAACUUAUGGCGAUUGGGUCUCUGGACCAAAUGGCGAUGGAACAUACUCUCACAGUUUGACUAUAAAAGCUUCCGAGAAGCUAAUGAAUAAUGGUUCAAUCUAUUUGCAUUCCUAUGUGACUCGAGCCGGUGAAAGCCCCAAUCCAAAGAGUCAAUAUUAUGCCAAAAAAUACAUGGGUUACACUCGCAAGCAAUUGAAUAAGUUUAAAAAGAUCCGAGUUAAUCGGAAUUAUAAUCUGUUGGCUGGAGAAAAAGAGAAGCCCACAAAAGACAUAGAGCUUCUUAAAGACACUAUUGUAUCCCAUUGGCAUCCAAAUUUGACUUUGAAUCUGGUCACAGAUCAGACAAACUGGGCUCAGGGUUCAAUUCCGCCGCCACUCGAUGAAUACGUUCAAUUUAUCGAAAGCGGUCGCACUUAUCUGCCAAUUUUGUUUAUCAAUGAUUAUUGGAACUUACAGAGGGAAUAUACUCCCAUAAAUCAGACCACACCGGCUCUGGAACUCCAUUUGACCUAUCAGCCAUUGAGUAUGUUCAAAUGGCAGCUAUAUGCUGCUCAAUCGAUGAAGAACAAAUGGGCUGGUGGAAUGUUUGGAGAGAUUAUGAAUGCCGGCGGGGCAGUGGCUGAUGAGAAUGAUGAGGAUCAGGAUUCCAUUAAGGAAACACUCCUCGAGACGAAUAUAUAUCUUCUCGGUUUGACUAUAGCCAUAUCAAUCUUACAUUCCGUGUUUGAAUUGUUGGCAUUUAAGAAUGAUAUUCAAUUUUGGAAUAACAGACAGUCCCUUGAGGGUCUUUCUGUGCGUUCGGUGUUCUUUGGUGUAUUCCAAUCGCUCAUAGUUUUGCUCUAUGUGUUGGACAAUGAGACAAACAUAAUGAUUAGAUUAUCUUGCUUUGUUGGUUUGGGAAUAGAAGUUUGGAAGAUUCAUAAGGUCGUCGAUAUUAAAUACGAUGGAUCAGAUAAAGUUCUGGGAGUCUUUCCACGUAUAUCAUUCAAAGAUAAGAGUUCCUAUGAGGAAAGCUCAACCAAAGAAUAUGAUAAUUUAGCCUUUAAGUAUCUAAGUUGGGCUUGUUUCCCACUGCUUAUAGGUUACUUUGGUUAUUCACUGUUUUAUAAUGAGCACAAAGGCUGGUAUUCGUUUGUGCUAAAUAUGCUUUAUGGAUAUUUGUUAACAUUUGGAUUCAUUAUGAUGACUCCACAACUCUUUAUCAACUAUAAAAUGAAAUCAGUAGCGCAUAUGCCAUGGCGUAUGAUGACUUAUAAAUUCCUAAACACAUUUAUCGAUGAUAUAUUUGCAUUUGUGAUUAAAAUGCCAACAAUGUAUCGAUUGGGAUGCUUCCGUGAUGAUAUUGUCUUCUUUAUAUUCUUGUAUCAGCGAUGGAUGUAUAAGGUGGAUCAUAAGAGGAUGAAUGAGUUUGGUUUUUCGAAGGAAAUGGAAGAGGAGGCGGCUUUGAGGAAGGCUGCGGGAGGUGGGGGAGCGAUAAAGCCAGCGGAGGAGAAGAAGAAGGAUUAAGGAGAUGCAGAUGCAGACAGAUAGGACAGACACACAAAUGAAUUUUUAAAAUAAAAAGAAAUAUUUGUUAAUUAUUCUUUAUUUUGAUUUAUCAAUUUUUAAUGUACAAUUUUUUUUGUUCUGAUAAAAAAAAAAUAUUUAUUAUAAAUAAUAAUUCCGAGACAACAGGG